AUUCUCACCAUGGUUUCCUGUGGCGAAUAAUCAAAAUGGCACUGGCGACUAUAAGUUUGAAACCGCCUCCGAACGUUGAUCCAACAAAGGCUACUUUAGCCUACGGGAGGUUAGCCAUAAAAAGGAUUAAUAGAGAAUUGAAAGAUACAGAACUAAUAAUACGCCAACGCGCUGUUAAAGCUUUAUGUGAUUAUCUGCACGAUCCUGAGCAUAUUGAAGAAGCAAUUAAUGAAGGCACUAUUUGUUCAUUGAGCUUUUUGUUAAAAGACGCCGACAUACCUUGUAGGGUGUAUUCAACAGAAUGUUUUGUAAUCAUAAGCCGUAGGUUGUGAAAUAAUUUUUAUUUUCAAAACAGAACACGCAAUAGGUCGAAUGGCUGCGUUGAGGCACAAUAUUUUGGAGUCUUUCGAGCCUCUUCUAGAUUUCAAACAACCUGAUGUAAUCAGACUAAAUACGCACAGAGCUAUCGAGCUUUUGACUACGAAUUUGACAGGUGUAGAGGCAAUCAUUAAAGCAAAAUACAUUGACUUAUUAGUGAAAUGUGUUGAGAAUGAAGUGGAUGAAAUUAAGAUUAUUGUAUUGAACACUUUAUAUCACUGCUUCAGUUUUGAAACCGAAGAAGGAUUAAACGCCGGCGGGAUAUCGCUGUUUACUAAACUUCUCGGUCAUUCAAACACAGAAAUCAGAACACGUGCAGCUCAAAAUAUUUUGCGUUUAUGUGUGAAUCUAAGAGGUAAACAAGAAGCUCUGGAUAAUGAAACAAUUCCAGCAUUAGUUACUCUAUUAAAUGAUCCAAAUGAAGAUUUGAAAGCAUUUUCUACUGGAGCAUUAGGUUUUAUAUGUACAACAAAUCAUGGUCGUUAUACUACUUUAAAUGCUGGAGCUAUUCCAUUACUUCUUAAUCUGGUUGAUGAUAAAGGUAGUCGAGUAAGAGUCAAUACAUUCAAGGUUCUAACUUGUUUAUCUGAGACACCUGAAGGUCGAAGGAUUCUGUUGGAUCAUUUAAAUAAAAUAUCACCACAUGUCACUGAUAUCAAUGCUGCUGUAGCAAAACAUGCAAAAAUAGCUCUAUCUGUUAUCACUUGGCAACCUUAAUCCCCCCCCCCAAAUAGUUACUAAGACACAAUGGAAAACAAACAAACAAACAAACGGCAUGUUUACAUAUACUUUCACAAUAUUUCGUUUAUCAUAUAAUGAGAUCUUCUUUAUAAAGAGAUACAGUUUGAAUGAGAGAAAAAUGCCCCCUAAUAUAUUUCUUCAUUAAUGUAUGCAUCAGAUUAUCUGUACUAAUAUAAAUUCAUUUUAUGUGAUAUAAUGAGAUUGUUUAUGGAGUUUUCUUUUUGUUUUAUUUAAUUUUUUGACGGGACUGAUAGGCCCUGAGGUCCGAAUCUCGAAAGGCGGGAUCACGCAUGCACACUGCUGAGGAGUCCCACAAUAGGACGAAACGGC